GGAGGCCAUGCUCCGCGUUUCCCCGUGUACAUGACACGCUCCCGAGCUGGCGUGGGACAGGCCGGACUCCGCCGGGCUUUCCCGCGGGGAAGCAGCGGCGGCGGCGGGGCUCAGAGGGUUGGUGUGGAUGACUACAGCUCAGAGUCUGAUGUGAUUAUUAUACCUUCAGCCCUGGACUUUGUCUCACAAGAUGAAAUGUUGACGCCUUUGGGAAGACUGGACAAGUACGCUGCAAGUGAGAACAUAUUUAACAGGCAAAUGGUGGCUCGAAGUUUGCUGGACACUUUGAAGGAAGUCAGUGAUGAUGAGAGAGAUUGUAUUGCUGUGCUGGAGAGAAUCAGCAGAUUAGCUGAUGAUUCAGAGCCAACAGUGCGGGCAGAGCUGAUGGAACAGGUGCCUCAUAUUGCUAUGUUCUGUCAAGAAAACAGACCUUCAAUCCCUUAUGCUUUUUCCAAAUACUUACUGCCCAUUGUGGUACGGUACCUCGCAGACCAGAACAACCAGGUAAGAAAAACAAGCCAAGCAGCAUUGUUAGUUCUGUUGGAGCAAGAGCUCAUUGAGAGAUAUGAUGUGGAGACCAAAGUGUGCCCUGUUCUGAUCGAGCUGACAGCUCCAGACAGCAAUGAUGAUGUGAAGACAGAGGCUGUGGCUAUCAUGUGCAAAAUGGCCUCCAUGGUGGGAAAGGACAUCACGGAAAGACUUGUUCUCCCCAGGUUUUGUGAGAUGUGCUGCGACUGCAGGAUGUUCCACGUUCGUAAGGUAUGUGCAGCCAACUUUGGAGAUAUUUGCAGUGUGGUUGGGCAGCAAGCCACUGAAGAAAUGCUGCUGCCGAGGUUUUUCCAGCUCUGCUCUGAUAACGUGUGGGGAGUGCGGAAAGCCUGCGCCGAAUGCUUCAUGGUUGUCUCUUGUGCCACCUCACAGGAAGUUCGGAGGACAAAGCUCUCACCCCUUUUUAUUAAUUUGAUUGGUGAUCCUUCACGAUGGGUCCGCCAAGCUGCUUUUCAAUCUCUGGGGCCUUUCAUAUCAACUUUUGCUAAUCCAUCCAGCAGUGGCCAGUACUUUAAAGAAGAAGAUGGUAAAAACCCAGAAGAUUGUGGUUCUGCACAGGAGAACAGCGAACAAGUCCGAACUGCAGAAGAUGUUACAACAGAGGAUGAGCACAACAGGACAGAGGAUCUGUCUUCGCACGUGGAGCGUGAUUUUGCAACCAAACUUGAAAAUGCCAUGGAAGAUCAAAAUACAGUGUCAAAUAACUCCCAGAGGGAAAGUGAUUUCCCAACUGAGUCAUCCUUCCAUUGCACUUUGUCUUCAGGAUCUUGCGGGGAAAUGGCUGAUGAGAAUGAGUGGAGUUCUCGUUGCUGCACGGCAGGUCUGCGGGAGGCUGGGCUGAAUUCAAAGGAAGCCUCUCUUUCAGAGCAGGAAUUGUACAACUCUUUCCACUUCUGGAGGACUCCACUCCCUGAAAUAGACAUUGACUUGGAGCUUCAGCAAGCUUCAGAGAUAAUACUUGACAGAGAAGUUCAGGAGCUCACUAUGCCAGCAUCUUCAAACAUUCCUAUGGCAACAAGGAAAGAAUUGGAAGAAAUGAUAGAAAAUUUGGAACCCCAUGUAGAUGAUCCAGAUGUUAAAGCACAAGUGGAGAUGUUAUCUGCUGCACUCAGAGCAUCCACUUUGCAUCCAGAGGAGCCCAUGGGCAGCAUUGGCAAGGGAACAGACUCACAGACUGAGCUAACCAUCAAUGACCAACAAAGUUUUAAACCUAUACUGGAUGAUAUCGUGCCUUUAAUUGGUGACACUGAGAAUAUGGAUUCCACACUUCACUAUAUCCACAAUGAUUCAGAUUUGAGCACCAACAGCAGUUUCAGCCCUGAAGAAGAAAGAAAAUCCAAAGUACAGGAUGUUGUACCUCAAGCCUUGCUGGAUCAGUAUCUGUCCAUGACUGAUCCGUCCCGCGCACAAACGGUUGAUACCGAGAUCGCCAAGCACUGUGCCUACAGCCUGCCGGGAGUGGCACUCACCUUGGGCAGACAGAACUGGCACUGUCUGAAAGAUACCUAUGAGACACUGGCUUCUGACAUGCAGUGGAAGGUUCGGCGGACGCUGGCAUUUUCUAUACAUGAACUCGCUGUCAUCCUUGGAGACCAGCUUACAGCUGUAGAUCUAGUUCCUGUCUUCAAUGGCUUUUUGAAAGACCUGGAUGAAGUCAGGAUAGGUGUGCUUAAACACUUGCAUGACUUCCUGAAGCUGCUUCAUCCUGACAAGAGACGGGACUACCUCUAUCAGCUUCAGGAGUUCCUGGUGACUGAUAACAGCCGGAACUGGCGCUUCCGCACGGAGCUGGCAGAGCAACUGAUCUUGCUUCUGGACCUGUACAGCGCCAGAGACAUCUAUAACUACUUGCGACCCAUCGCGUUCAGCCUCUGUGCAGACAAAGUGUCCUCUGUCCGUUGUAUUUCUUACAAGCUGGUUAGUGAAAUGGUAAGAAAGCUCUACAUAGCUUCAACAUCAACCUUCAUGGUCGACCUCAUGAAUGAACUUGUCGAGAAGUUCUGCAGAUGCCUCAAAUGGUCUGGGCGGCAAACUUUCAUCUUUAUAUGCCAGUCCAUCAUUGAAGAUGAUUGCCUGCCCAUGGACCAGUUUGCUGUGCAUCUCUUGCCACACUUACUGCACUUGGCAUCUGACAGGAUUCCAAAUGUUCGACUGCUGCUUGCAAAAACAUUAAAGCAAACCCUUUUAGAGAAAGAGUAUUUCCUAAAUUCUGCCAACUCUCAUCAAGAAGCUGUGGAACAAACCAUUAUGGUGCUUCAAAUGGAUGAUGACAAUGACGUCAAAUACUUAGCCAGCAUCCACCCUGCUAGUACCAAAAUCGCAGAUGAUGCCAUGAGCACCACUUCCUCAACUUACUGACCAGUCCUCCAUGUUGCUGUCAAUAAAGAGAUUUCAAAGCAGCUCUCCUCAUCUGCUUCUAAAAUGGGUGAUCUGGGAUAACCUCUUGGGAAGGGAAGAUUCCUUGCCAGAAGGAAAGGGUGGAUGUCACCUAAGCCUCGAGAAGCAGGGGUUUUUAAGUGGAGAGAAGUUGACCAUGCCUGUUGUCAGUUUUGACUUUUAGCUCAACACUGCUCAGAGGAUUCUUUUUGCCACCGAAGCCUUAAAUCUUCUGUCUUCCUCAACAACUGAAAACUUGAAUUGGCAGAUCAUUGUCAUUGCAGAACAGAUGUGAUUCUGUUGUUUUGUUUGGUUUGUUUUUCCAGAGACCUUGCCUUGUUUCUCCAGAGGAGUUAGCAAGUAUUUUCCUGUAGCAGCUUGGAGAUGAAAUGGCCAGAAAUUUAUACCAGGAUGUAAAAAGAAAACAGAGAAGAAAACCUCCAGUAUUAGCUCUCAGAACGUUUGGGUUUGUUGCUUUGGGGCUUUUUUUCAUCACUCAAGGACUCGAUUUGUGUGCAGCCGGACACACCUUGAAGUGGGUGACUGUCUUGUCAGUGGGGGGCAAAAUGGAGAUUUGGGUUUCUCUUAAGGGCUCAGUGCUAACACUAACCUAGAAUUUGAUAGUUUUGGUUUUUUAAUCUUUAAAUGCAGCAUAUUGCUGUACCCAUUGGCAGAAAAACUUUUGCUGAGUACCUGCAUUCUAAUUAUUUUCAUGCUGGUCAUGACCUAAAGAAAAAAAAAAUUAUUAGCACAUGUACUUUGAGUCAGGUAUUUUUAACUUGAUGAUCAGCUCUUGAGGUGCAACUGUUUUGGUUGUUUUAUGGGGGGUUGUUUUGUUUUGUUUUUCCUUCUUCAUAUACUGUACAUAUCUGUCAGCCUCCUUGGAGGGCUGCAGCCUUUACUCAUGUUGUUUAAAGCUGUUGUGAUACAAGUUGUUCUCUAUUUGUCCAAAUAAAAUUUAUUAAUAAGAUUGAAAACAAAAAUGGUGACCUUUGUAAGACAUUAAAAGAAUAAG